UUUCUCGAAACUUUUCCCGGAGCGAGGAUCAUCAUACAAAGGAACAAAGAUAGACAGAAUAUUUAGUGAGAGAGUGCUUUAUUUGCAAAUGAAAGACAUAACGGGUACCAUUGCAAUAGGUCUAUAUGAGUAUUGUUACUGAGAACUGGUUGUGUGGUGCGCGCAUGCGCUCUUCCCAAGGACACGAACACUGGCUCAGUCGGUCGGAAUGCAUCGUCGCGGAUGCCUGGCUGAAUCCACACCUCGUUGAGCCAUGCGGAGUACCGCAGAGAUCGUCUCGUAAGACGUCCCGAGGACCGCAUGCCUGGUCCACCCGCCUCAUCAUCAGGCCGCAGAGCGACCUUAAGCGCCGAAGCCCCACGGUCCCUGCGGUUCAGCCUUGUGUGUGAAGAGUGGACAUGACUUGUUGGGAGAGUGUAGGAUUUCUAGGUCCUUGCGCGCUACUCGCGGGCUCGGCUCUAAGGGUGAGUUAAUGAGAAAAUUCAAGGCUGACUUCGCGAUACAACUUUACUAUUAACACGAAGGACAAAAAUAUUAAUCGAUGUUGUUCUAAAAAGUUCUACAAAAGCUUAUAUUUAAUUAUAGUUUCUCCCGUUUCAUGUGGUAAUUACUUUCGAUCUAGUAAACAACGUAUUAGGGUUGUUUUGAAAACAACACAAUAAUUACCUUAUCUUAAUUAUUUAUCCCGUUUCUUUGAUAAGAAACAUUUAAACCAUCGCACUUUCCAAUCAUAAUUCUGUGAGUUCAGUCAGUUUGUGUUCAAUACUGUUGAAGAUGGUGUCGGUAAUUUUACUUACAACUGAAGAAGUGCUACAAACUAAUAGUCACUGGGUAUGUUUGGACGCAAUGUGGAUGACCGAAGACUUGGAACCCUUCGAGGAAGUGAAGGCAGAACAUAUGUUUUCCAAACCGCUCACCAGAGAUGUUUACUACGCCAAAUAUCCAGACAUACCCAGGAGUGAGUCGGAAGACGAGAACUCCUACAGCGUGCACAGUUUUAGAAGGAAGCAUCAAGCCUGGAAGUCGAAAAUAAUAAUAAAAAAACUUGAAUCGCGAAGAAAUUCUACUCAAUCUGUUGCAAGCAACGCAGCAAGUACUUCUACUAGAGUUUCGUCAUUUGUCUAUAAUGAGAAUGAAAAGACCAAUUUGCAGAGUUCCCAAGAAAAAGAUGAAAAAAUUCGUGCCUUUUUACUUCGAUUGAUCGAAAGCGUGCCACCGCCGCCCCAAGACGAGGGUAGCACGUCUAUAGUACAAUCAAGCUCUCAAGACUUGAACGAUCUUGACUUACCGAGCUACGAUGAUUUUGCCAAGGAGAAAAUAUCGGAUGAGAAGCAGCUGCAAGGACCAAGUACGUCAACCAUGAAGCGACCAAAAUGCAAAGAACGUAUCAAUUUAAUACAGAGCGAUUCGGAUGGCUGGGAUACGUGGCAGGAAAGCAUAUAUGGAGUGUCUAGAAAAAAGGAUGCAUCUUUAGUUGGAUCGAAUCGCGAUAGUGACAUAUCGUGGGCGGAUGUUAUCAACAUGUGUGGUAUAGCUGACAGAGCGAACAGUGCGGAAUCAUUACACUAUGAGAAAAUAAUAAGUCAAUCCCACAUACGAAACUCAUUAUCGGCAAUAUCUCAGGAAAAUGACGUUGACUAUGAUAAAUUCGCGGAACAUAAAUUGGGAAUGUCAAUAAAGGCACCCGUUCCUGACUCUUCAUCGCUGCACAAUUUCAGUGAGAACGACAACUUGGCUCGAUCCGUUUUAAAUGAUUCAGAUUUCGGAACCCUGUAUCGUUUAGCUGCGUGGGACGAUCCGGCAGAUGAAGUUUGAACACUUAUUUGCUUUCAAUUAUUUUUG